AUAUCAUAUUUUAAGAAAUGAAAUAGGAAGCAUCUUACCGCGAUAUUUUUCACCAACCCUCGUACAUUACCCCCGUAUAAAAGAGGUUGACCUGGUGGGGAAAGACAUUUCAAUUCGCUUGAUGCUUCUUAUAUAUUUGUAUGAUAUACAACUUCUGAUAAUUUGUGCGCUAUAUAAGAUAGAGAGUAUACUAAUAUCUGAGUACCACGUGUCAGCCCGCAAGGAUGAAGAGUUUAUCAAAAGUGACAAUUAAAAAGGAACAUGAAUACACACUUGACAUUGAGGCUGGCGAUAAGCCGCUAGGUGCAUGCAGGGGUAUAAUAAAUAUCAGGUUUCGAGGCAAUGGCAAAGAGGGUGACGAAGAAGAGUUUGCUGUAGCUCACUUUCCUGACAACUUUGAAAGAGGCUUUAUUACUACAUUCGAUGUGGUUGAACCAAAGCUUGACGUGAUUGAUGAGAUCGAGAUCCGUGGUGGUACAAUGAUUGGUGAGAAAGGGUGGAAAAUUGACAGAAUCACAACAACUAACAAAAAGACAGGAGCUAAAUCAGUAUUUCCAGUAUUCACCAACAUAAAAUGUGACCAAACGUACAAGUUCAGAACAAAUGAUGUAUCACUGCCACAAAAGAGUUCAAAUAAAG